UGUUGCGGGCUUUCGAGUUUUUCUUUUGUUUAAUUUCAAUUUUAUCGGAAGUACCCGUACCACAGACCUCGCAUUUUAAACUUUAUUAUAUUAUAGAAUAUGAAAAUCCUUUGCGCUAAAAAGAGACUCACUUGCCCGUAGUCUGUGUUAUUUGUUAUGGUGCAAAGGUACGACCACAGUGGCCGUCGUGGAAACUUGUCGCGAUCAGCUAUGAUUAUGAAGUUGAACUAUCGAUUAUCUGUAGCGAUAAAAGGAUCAGGAAAGCAUUUCUCGACAAUAUCUUUUGCAGACAGCCAUGCCUUAAACCGCUGCCUCUUGCAGAGUGGCACACAGAAGCAAUCAACGGUGACUACUGCGCCACUUCAGCCCAUUCAAACUUUAUCAUUCUCUAAGAGCUCUUCCAAGUUUUCUUCUCUGAAACCCAAAAUGUCUCUUGCUAGCAAGUUUCCAAAACUGAGCAGCGAAGAUCGCAGCCAACACCUUCAGCCCUUGCAGAAUGCGGGCUGGACCAUGGUGGAAGGGAGAGACGCUAUUCAUAAGGAAUUCCAGUUCAAAGACUUCAACGAGGCCUUUGGAUUUAUGACGCGUGUGGCACUGUUAGCUGAGAAAAUGGACCAUCAUCCGGAAUGGUUCAAUGUUUAUAAUAAGGUGAAAAUCACCCUCAGUAGCCAUGAUGUUAAUGGGCUCUCGCAGCGGGAUGUCAAACUGGCCACUUUCGUCGAGGAAGCGGCAAAAAAAGCUGUUUGAUGUCCAGAAAUUUUAUUGAUUCCCAUGGGGCUAAAAUGACCAUCAUUCAUGGUACCUGGAAUGUGUAUUAGUCGCAGUUCUUUCAGUUUUCUUGCAGUUCUGUGUGACACAAAAUGCUUUUUCGUUGCUUCGAUGCCGAGGAGCAUUUUACCGUUUUAACCAAAUUCCUCUGCGAACUUUCAUCACAGUCUUGACGUAGAAAGUAAAACGAAAUAUAUUUGUAUUUAUUAAUGCUAAA